UGUAGAAGAUCACCUUUUGUCUGUACUGUUGUGUACAGCCUUUAUAGACUAAUGCUCCGUUGGUUGAGCAUGUUGGAUAGGAUAGUGUUUUGCAGUUAAUGUCUUUGUGAUGCGGAAAUGUUGCAAAGUGAACUAGUUGCUCAUUUUCAGUUUUUCUAUAUUUGUUCUUUUUUCUUCUAACUUUUCAUGAGUCAGUUUUCUAUGAAAAGAUGUCUCACCCACUUUUGUAUUGGCACAUCCAAAAUAUAAUUUCUGCCUGGUUGGUUGGCUGGCAGUGAUGUACCAGCAAACACUGAGACGUUGACAUUGACUGUUGUCUGAACAUCCCUUCAAACCACCUUGUAAUGGUUAAAAAAUAGUUUAAAUGAAAGUUUGUGCUGAACUUAGCCCUGGACGUUACCUGGCUGCUAGAUUUCCUCCCUGGGCAUUCCAGCAAUGUCGAAAUAUGUCAUUACCAUCAUCUAUGGGCCUAUUUAUCUAUUCUCUAAGAUAUAUAUGUACACAGUGUGCAUUCUGCAGCUUUAUACAUCCUGUAUGCCUAGAUUAACAACUUAAUAUACUAUACUUUCUAAAAUGGUCCAAUUUACAUCUUGGUCAUACACCCAUAACAAUGAGUCACUUUGAAGAUAAUCCUGAUAAUAAAUGAUAUAAAACCAUUCACACAGCAAACACAUUAAAUAUCUUAGUUAAUACAAGACAUAUGCAGUCAUUUUUACAGAAACAUAUUGAGUCAAUACUGACAUACAACAGUACUUUAUUAAGAUAAACAAAACAGAAAAAGGUGAUCAAAAGUACAGCUUGUUGUAGAUAAUUAAGACAAGAGAAUUUGAAUUCUUAACUCUUUAAAUUCUAUCUGAUGCACUUUGCUCCAGUUUCCAUUGAGGUACAUACGCUACAAUAUGAUAAGAUACGAUUUUAUUGUCAGUUUACACUGAAAGUAAUUUUGCAUCCUUAGGCUGUUCAGUUUAAGAGGUCGACACACAAUAAACAUACAGUUACACAUGUGGCACUUUUCAUAGACGUACAUAAUACAUCAAACAGUCAUAACAAUCAUACACGUCACAGUUUUAUGUGCAAUGUUACAGUUAUUUGUGUCUGACCAGGACCACUUUUGGCCAGGGACACGACAUCACCAUCUGACCAAUGUUUGCUGGGAUAUUAUGGACUUAUUUGCUGCAGUUAAACUCCGCUGUGCUUCAAAAACAGACACCAAGUAGAAGUAUUGUCUGUGUUGGCCUCUAACUGUAAAUAUGGGUUAUAUUCUGUAUAUAUUCAGUGACUUAUAUGUAAGUUAUACUGUUUAACAAUAGGUUAAAUUACUUUCUUACUGCAUGUCAUUUAGUAUUUACAUCUAAACUUUUAAAAGAGGAAAACAAACUGCUGUAGGGACUAUUUUUAACUUGUAUCCCACAAACAUUGAUUCAAACCAAGUUUGCAAGUUGACUGAAAUCAGUAUCAAUCAAUAAAAACAUUAUUUUCAAGAAUGACAUCUAAUUUUCUUUAUACAACAAUCCUGUUUCUUUCAUGUUACUGACACUGAAACUGGACUGGUCAUUAUGUCCAGAACUGGGAGGUAACAAGCUCUUUUAAUCAGUUAAAACUAUGCUUCUGAUUGAGAAGUGUUCACUGUAUUAACAUGAUGUUACACCAACGGGAUGAACAAUAAGUUCAAAACAAUGAGACCCGGCAGGAAGGAAGUGCACACACAAAUUACUGGAGCAAAGGUAAAACCUUGCUCAAGAAGGCACCUCUACCCAGUAUUUGGUGACUCAAAGUUCAAGAGGAGUCUAAAACCAGACAUCUGUUGAUGUAUAUUAAUGGAUGUCUAUGUUAUAUACCAUUGUUUCAACACUAUUUGAAUGACUAAACAUAAAUGUGAAGCAAUUCCCAACUACACAAUGAAAUACCUGCUUUUUUUAAAUAUAGUCAUUAAAAUGCUGUUAAAACAAUGUCUAUGAAUGUUCGUCAACACCAUGUGUUUGCACAAGAGAUAUGUAUGUAACCCUGACAUUUAAAAUAAAAACUUUCUCAUUUCAACCAAAUUUAUCCCAGUUUUAACAUUGAUGUAGUGUUACCUAGACUUUUUCUUGUAAAAUACCACCACUGCUCGAUGCUUUUGCUUCUAACUUAUUGUUUUCACUUUAUUUAAGAUAGUUUUGGAAACCUGAGUAUGCAUAUUAACUCAUUUGUUGAAGCUUUUUGUGUUCAUCAUUGUAACAAUGUUCUUACACAGCACUUAUGGCCAGGUCUCUCUUGAAUAAGAGACUUUUAAUCUUUUUCUUAGAUUUUAACCUGCAAAUCACCAAAUCAAGGCUCACUGAGGAGUUCAGAUGUCACUCUUAAUGCAGGUGCUCAGAAGUUUUGUGAGACUUUUUUAUUUUUUUUCUACACUCCAGAAGAAAAUAUUGCAGUUUUUACUACAGUUUUUUGCUGGUUUACAUACAAAUGCAUUUCUUCAGAUUAACAACACUUAGCUUAAAGUAAGCACAUGGGGCAGCUACACAUGAACGCAUCAGUAACACUCUAAAUUUGACUUAUUUGACCCCUUUUCUUUUCAAACUUGAGGACAUUUUGCAGCGAACACGUCACUGCAGUGUAAGUUUAUAAUAAUAAUAAUAAUAAUUAUAAUAUAACGGAGUGUUUGUUGCAUUGUGGUAUUGCUAUUUCAGGAUUUGAGUACUGCUUCCACUCCAUGAGAGUCAAACACGCAUCGAAAAAAACCGUUAUCGUGUUUUGCAGAAAUCCGCUGCACGUUAAACGUGAACAAAGUAUCGGGUAAAAUUAUCCAAAGCAACAUUAGCAGCAUAUCUCUGUCUCUGUGCGUAUAUGUGCCUGUGUGUGUAUGUGUGUGUGUACUGUACUGAGCCUGCAGCAGCACCCAGAAGUGAACAAAGCGACCCGGAAGCGGUGGUCCGACUGGAGGCAGGCAGAAAGAACAUCAACCUUUUAUAUUAUAGCUGUGCUCGCAAGACAAUAUCUGCAAUCAGGACACAAGGAUGGCAGAGCCUCGAUUUAACAACCCGUAUUUCUGGCCGCCGCCUCCCUCCAUGCCAGGCCAGAUCAAGGAGCAGCUGAUGGCCGAGAAGAUACGACCCCUGCACCUGCCGCCUACCUCCACUCCUUCCCAGCAGUCUUUGCUGGUGCCCACCUCAUCCCCGGAUGGUGGCGCGCAGCACGGCAUGCCGGUGCCAAAGCCCCAGCCACAGCAGGUGCCGGGCCACCACCCGCAGCCGCAGGGCUCUGGACAACCAGACAUCGCUUUGCACGCCCGCCCCGCCUCCAGCUCUGAUGGAAAUAUGGACGAUAAAUCAGCUGUGAAGGCCAAAGGAUUGUGGGAAGACUGGCAUAUGAGACAGCUCGGCGAACAACCUGGCCGGAUCAACCAUCGCUCAGGUCUGGCUCCUUCAUCCCGACCCGACAGCCACAGCACCUCAGAGGCUCUGACCCCCACAACUCCAACCUCGAGCAGCCAGAACCGCCUGGGCGGUGCCCCCUCUGUGAACAUCAUCUCCGGGUUGGCUAGUGGUCCCGGCAUGGACCACAUGAAGGCUGGAGGCCUGGCCGGACUGUUGGGCCCACCACCCAAGGCACCAAGAGGACGGAAGAAGAUCAAAGCUGAAAACCCGUCCGGUCCUCUGCUGGUGGUGCCCUACCCAAUCCUAGCUGACCAAGGCUGUGUCACUAUUGCACCCAAAGAGGGCAAAACCUACAGAUGCAAAGUGUGCCCGCUCACCUUCUUAACCAAGUCAGAGAUGCAGAUCCACUCCAAGUCCCACACGGAGGCCAAACCACACAAGUGUCCCCACUGCUCCAAGACGUUCGCCAACGCCUCCUACCUGUCCCAGCACCUGCGCAUCCACCUGGGGAUCAAACCCUACCACUGCUCCUACUGCGAGAACUCGUUCCGUCAGCUGUCACACCUGCAGCAGCACACCAGAAUCCACACUGGCGAUAGGCCUUAUAAAUGUGCUCAUCCCGGAUGUGAAAAGGCUUUUACCCAGCUGUCUAACCUCCAGUCUCACCAGAGGCAGCACAAUAAAGACAAGCCGUAUAAAUGUCCUAACUGCUACCGUGCCUACUCAGACUCUGCAUCGUUGCAGAUCCACUUGUCAGCGCACGCCAUCAAAAACGCUAAGGCCUACUGCUGUAGCAUGUGUGGCAGGGCAUACACCUCAGAGACCUACCUUAUGAAGCACAUGUCCAAACACACAGUGGUGGAGCACCUAGUGAGUCACCAGUCGCCCCAGAGGACCGAGUCCCCCAACAUCCCCAUACGCAUCUCCCUUAUCUGAGCUCCCCGGCCGCUCGGCAGCAGGUCAGAUUCAGAGUCUAGGUUAGGCUGGAGCUUAUGAGGCCCUGCACCCACGGCCAUCUACAUAAGGCUUACAUUAGCAUUAUGACAGCUGACAUAAGCAUUCAGUGCUAGAUUCAGUAAACAGGCUGCCUCCAUCCGUCUUGACACAGGCGGUCUGUCAAAAAUGAGCACAGCGUUAUUUUGUGAAUGUAACAAUACAGCUAGAUGUUGUCCGGAGGAUCGAGUGGCAAAGAAUGUCUUGCGUCAGAUUUAAUAAGCACUUUCGUAAGCGUCAUGUAAACUGCCGGAUGCAUUGGCCAUCAGAAAUGUUUUAGUUUUAGGGUUUUGGUUGUUUUUUUUUCCUCUUCCAUGAAAUGGGUUUCCAAAAUGUGCCAGAUGAUAUUUGCCCUUAAAAAGAAUUGAGAAAGUUGAAAAAUUGUUCACUGGGUGUAUUCUGGAGACAUCCAAAGAUAAUCUUAAAGCACUUUUAGGCCUUGUGGUUUUGGCUCAAAUUGUUUAAAUCUUGUUGGAUGGAAAAUGCCAAAGGGCAUUACUUGUGGCAGCUAAGAGUACUGACUGUGUAUAAAUAACAGUCUUUCUGUUACUUUCUUUGUUCACUCACAUUUUUGUGCAAGUACACAUUUACAGGGUCAUCUAAAUUUGAAGAAAGGCAAUCGGUAGAUGACAAUUUAAACAUUUAAUGAUUGUAUUCAGAAGUUGUAUUAUUGACUUGAGGAGGCAAGAAAUAGAGCAACACGGAAUAGGGAAGAAAGAUGAAUGUUUUUUCUUUGUUUUGUUUUGUUUUGAAAAGUCUUUCACUCCAUAUUUGACUUCACCUUUACGGCACCUUUACGAUCAUAACGUAUGAUCAAAGAAACACUGCUUUUUUUUUUAACAUUACAUUCUCCUCACGUCCCAUUAACUAGUGCCAUAUGAACCUUGUUGAAAGCAAAUCUUGUAAUGACACGUGUCUGCUUUCUCGAUUCAGUUAAGCUUUGAUUUAUUUUCGAAGUAUUAGUUACAGAGGUUGAAUACAUUGCACAUGUACCAGUGCCAGCUCUACUCUACUCAGCCUGACUCUUAAAUACACUUCAGCUAAAAUUCUAUUUUACUCAAGUAGUAAAUUUUAACCCUAACCAUUGGACCAAAAUGUGAAGUUACUGUACAGCUCUGACCCUGUUAGGAUUUUUUUUUUUAAAAAUCUUUAAUAAGCUUUACCCAUUUGAAAUAAACUGCAGUAUAUGUCAUAUUUCAUAGGCCUAUAUUAUUAGUUAAUGUGGAGGUGAUGCUUCUCCUUUUUGAUUUUUUUUUUCUUAUUAGUAUUCUUUUUAUUGUACACAGUAUUGUUUGUUGUAUUUUUACUGUAACUUUAACCUCUGGAUGGUACUAAUAGGGUACCCUGUAUUCUUCAGGGCACUUAAGAAAAGGUGCUACGGCUAGACAUUAUGUUUGAGACGGAACUGAGAAUAAUGUAAAAUACAUAUACAGUAUAUAGUAUGUUUUCAAAAGAAUAAAAACUUAUUACUCAAGCCACUGGCCUGAAAAACAGACAUUUACGCCAACAACAGACCCUGCCUCUUCAACUUACUCUCUCUCUUUUGAGAUAAUGGGAAAAUGUACAUGUUGCUGUACUGUAAAACAUGUUACUCAUUUAUAGUACCUAUUUUUAAGUUUUCAUAAACAUGUUCUGUUUGGGUUUUGAACUUACUGUAAUUAUUUUAGUCUAUUCGUAUGUUAUUAAUAUUCAUGUUUUAUAUCAGUUAUUUACAUGUAAGCCUUAACUGUUUUAUCAUCCCAUUUCCAUUACUCUGUAUUGUGUUCUGCAGUAUUCAGUCGUGUAAACAUUUUUUUUUAAUUUUUAUCCUUCCGCAUGGAGUUCCUGAGCUGUAAUCUGUAUGAUAACUGUUUAACCCAUGUUCUCUAUGAAAAAAUAUUGCGUAGAUUUAUUACACUUUUUCCUGUCUUGCAUUGUGGUUUCAUAUACAGUUUCUAGACAACUAAAUAUGCACAGCCAAGACUGAGAAGUUAAACUAAGGGUUAUCAAUGUUUAAAAAAGGAAAAAAAGCUUUGUAUCUUUACCUUGUUUAAUAAACAGACUGUUAUAAAUUCA